GAUACAACUUCUUUUUAAUGGAGUGGAGAAAAUAAUGUGUUUUACAGUUUACGUUUGUAUUUGAUGAUACUUAUAAGAUGAGAAACUUUUUCAAGACAUUUUGUUUUAACGAAUGUUUUAAAUGGGGUAUCAAUUCAUGAAAAGUAGUAUUUGAAUUGAAAGACUAUAUUUUUAAACUUUACACGGGGUCUUUAAGUUAUUUACAAACAAUUUAGUUAAGCUGUGGCGUAGUUGAGUAUUAAAGUUUAAAAGGGUGGAACAAAAACUGAAAAUGUUGUUCAAACAAUUAAACAAAUUGAUGAAGCCAGUGUCUAAAGGAAUUUCUCAGUCAACGUGGCAACUUACAAAUAUUGAGAAUAGAAGAGCUGUUCCAGAAGUUAUUAAUGGCGUAAAAUAUAGAAUGGCAACAAUUCAUGAUUUCAAAGGUGUCAUGGACAUAAACAGAAAUAUCUACAAUGGUUUGGAUUAUCUCCAAUCAACUUACAAGGAAUCAUUUGGAAACUCGAAAAAGUAUCUUGGAGUAGCGACUGUAGAAAACGAUAUAGUGGCAUUUACGAUGCAUUCUGUGGUUGAUGAUUGGAACUCUUUUAUACGUCAAGCCAGCAGAGUAAAGAUGGGCUUCCAGGGUCAAGGUUUAAUUCCAAAUCUAGGAUACUACAUUCAAAAGAAUAUAAUGGAGAAUCACCCAAUGCUGAAUCAAUUCUACGACACUGUUGACAACUGGGAUGAAGUCAAAUCAAGGCUUUCGACGAAGAAACAAGAAUAUAAACCUAAAAUGAAAAGGUCUGUCGUUUCCUUUGAUGCAAAUCCGUUCGAAUUCCACCAAAGUAUCAGGAAUAUUAUCAAAGCUGAGAAGCCUAUUGGUUAUGAAUUAAACAAGAUCCAAAUGCCAGUUAUGCCUGAGAUUGCCUCCAUGCUAGAGGAAUGUGAGAAAGGAAGGCUCUUUCCAACUGGAUUUAUUUUGGCAAACUGGUCACCAUAUAGGAUCCAAUACACAUCAAACUACAAGCUGAUUCUGGAGGAUACAAAGACAGUUUUUGUUACAACAGAUGAAAAAGGAAGACUGUUGUCCAUAAGCUUUGGCACACACAUUGAUACUCCAUCUGCGAUGAGAUACACAACUGAUUAUUAUGGCACGAGUGAACAAGACGCCAUCUAUCAUAUUAUGAAACAUGUAAUUUUGAUAUCACAAAUGGACCAAGAAAGAGAUAUCUCUUUCUCUGUGUUAUUGCCAGAGACUCUUGAUAAACUGACCAUUAAAGAUUUCGUGGUGACCAAGAUGGGACUGACCAAUCAAGGGACUGGUGAGAAUUCAGUUCUGAUUCUUAAAUGGCCAUUGCUCCAACCCAGGGAGGAGUGUUGGAAGCCAGAACUCCAACUCGAUAUUCUUUAAUCUCCAAGUUAUGCGAUAUUCCUGAUCGUACCUGUACAUUUAUAUGGCUAUAGGGAGAAUGAACGAUAUUUUCCAAAAUAGCUACCCCCAUGAAUGUG